AUGACUGGCAAGAUAACCACAGCUAUUUCAGUGGAAAAAUUACCAACCCUAGACCUAAGUGAUCUGAUAAUUACAUAUCCAUGUUCUUCAUGGUUUAAAAUCAAAGGAAGUAAAAUGCCCAGUACAAGGGUGAAGCAUUUGGACCAAGUUAACAACCGGUCCAACCUCCGCCUGCUGCCCAGGCCACACCUCCGUUCUCGGCUACAGCCACUGGCUGACCCGUGGCCUAGGAUACUCCGGACUCUGCCAAAGGCCCGUAAAAGUAACCUAGUCUUAUUUUUCUUAUUAUCAUAGCUGAAAGCAAACUCAGAAGGGAAGCUUGCAAAACAAAUUUGCAAACUUGUGUUGGAUCAUUUUGAAAAACAGUAUUCCAAAGAACUUGGAGAUGCUUGGAUGACAACAAGGGAUAUACUAACAUCCCCAUCAUGCUGGCAAUAUGCUGUCCUGUUUAACCGAUUCAAUUAUCCUUUUAAACUGGAAAAGCAUUUGCAUUUGAAGGGCUAUCACAUACUCUUUCAAGGAUCUUUACCCUAUUAUCCUGAAUCAAUGAAGUGUUACCUUAGCAGAACUCCAGACCGAAUGCCGUCUGAAAGACACCAAAUGGGAAACCUGAAAAAAUACUAUCUCCUAAAUGCUGCUUCCCUUCUGCCAGUUCUGGCUCUGGAAUUAAAGGAUGGGGAGAAGGUGCUGGAUAUGUGUGCUGCUCCUGGAGGCAAGUCAGUAGCUCUGCUGCAGUGUGCUUAUCCAGGUUAUCUUCAUUGUAAUGAAUCAGAUAAUCUGAGAUCAAGGUGGCUCAGGCAGACACUGGAAUCUUUCAUCCCACAGCCUUUGGUAAAUGUAAUUAAAGUGUCUGAAUUGGAUGGCAGAGAAAUAGGAGAUGCUCAACCUGACACAUAUGACAAGGUGUUAGUUGAUGCUCCAUGUUCAAAUGAUCGCAGUUGGUUGUUCUCUUCUGAUUUUCAGAAGGCCGCUUCUAGGAUAAGCCAGAGGAGAAGGUUGCCUGUUCUACAGCUAGAACUCUUAAGGUCUGCAAUUAAGGCCCUACGUCCUGGAGGGUUACUUGUUUACUCUACAUGCACGCUUUCUAAGGCAGAAAAUCAAGACGUGAUCGAUGAAAUUUUAAACUCCUACAGUAACAUCAUGCCUGUGGACAUUAAGGAAAUGGCAAUGACUUGCUCUCAGGACUUCACAUUUGCUCCCACUGGGCAGGAAUGUGGGCUCUUGGUAAUUCCAGAUAAGGGCAAAGCCUGGGGCCCAAUGUAUGUAGCUAAAUUGAAAAAACUGUGA